AGAAGUCAAAACCCCACCGCUGAGAAUUGAUCGAACACCGACAAGACGCUCAUUCCGCAACCGCGAGCUUCGAUCGAGCAGAUGACGGACGCUACUGUGAGGUUCGGGCUGCUGGUCAGCAUGUUCCAGGCGAUGCUCCGCGACCGGGCGGCAGUCAAGAAGCGGAAACGGUUCCGGACGUUCCUGGAUCGGGUCUACACCGGCCGCGAGUACUUCAGCGCCAUCCGCCUCAUCCUCCCCGGCCUCGACCGCGAGCGCGGCACCUACGGCCUCAAGGAAUCCGCCCUCGCCGCGUGCCUCGUCGAUGCUCUAGGCCUCGCCAAGGACUCCCCCGACGCCCUCCGACUCAUCAACUGGCGCAAGGGUGGCGCCCGAUCCGGCGCUAAUGCUGGAAACUUCGCUCUUGUGGCUGCGGAGGUUCUUCAAUGCAGGCAGGGGAUGGUUUCUGGAGGGCUCACAAUCAAAGAGCUGAAUGAUAUGCUUGAUCAAUUAGCAUCAACGGAAAACAAGGGAGAAAAAGCUUCGGUUCUGUCAAGUCUCAUAAAGAAAACAAAUGCCUUGGAAAUGAAGUGGAUUCUCAUGAUUAUCCUUAAAGAUUUAAAGCUGGGAAUUAGUGAAAAAAGCAUAUUUCAUGAAUUUCAUCUUGAUGCUGAAGAUUUAUUCAAUGUCACUUGCGACCUUAAAUUAGUAUGUGAAAAGUUGAAAGAUCGCACACAGCGACAAAAGAAACAGGAUAUUGAAGUUGGGAAACCUGUUAGGCCUCAGUUAGCUAUGAGAGUCAGUGAUGCUAUGAAUGCAUGGAAAAAGCUUCAUGGAAAGAAUGUUGUCGUUGAGUGUAAGUUUGAUGGCGAUCGCAUUCAGAUUCACAAAAAUGGAGAGGAAAUCCACUAUUUCUCCAGAAACUUUCUCGAUCAUACUGAAUAUGCACAUGGCAUGUCAAAUAUUAUUAUACAAAACGUCCUGGUUGACAGGUGUAUACUGGAUGGUGAAAUGCUGGUUUGGGACACCUCUACUCAGCGUUUUGCAGAAUUUGGUUCAAAUCAAGAAAUAGCAAAGGCUGCUAGGGAAGGGCUAGAGAGUUAUCGCCAGUUAUGUUAUGUAGCAUUUGAUAUUCUCUAUGUUGGAGACACUAGUGUGAUUCAUCAGAGUUUGAUGGAACGACAUAGUCUUAUGCAGAAAGUUGUGAGACCCUUGAAGGGACGCCUAGAGAUAUUGGUACCUAAUGGUGAACCAUGUUGGUCUGUUCUUGCUAACAGUGUGGAAGAUGUGGAAAGGUUCUUUAAAGCCACCGUUGAGAAUAGAGAUGAAGGAAUUGUGCUGAAGGAUCUUGGAUCUAAAUGGGAACCUAGUGAUCGGAGUGGAAAAUGGUUAAAGCUAAAACCUGACUAUAUACAUGCUGGUUCCGAUCUUGAUGUUCUUAUUAUUGGUGGUUAUUUUGGUUCUGGACGUCGUGGAGGCGAGGUGUCUCAGUUUCUAGUGGGUCUCGCUGAGCUUUCAGAGACAGCUGGCUACCCAAAGAGAUUUAUAUCAUUUUGUCGAGUUGGCAGUGGUCUUGCGGACGAGGAGUUAAAUUCUCUAGUUGCUAAGCUGAAGCCUUAUUUCAGGAAAAAUGAAUACCCCAAAAGUGCUCCACAUUGUUAUGUAGUUACAAAUAAUUCGAAGGAGAGGCCAGAUGUGUGGAUAGAGAGCCCUGAUAAAUCUGUCAUUCUAUCUAUAAAUAGUGAUAUCCGGACAGUAAAAUCAGAGGUGUUUAUGGCACCAUAUGGUCUAAGGUUCCCCCGAAUUACUCGGGUGAGAUAUGACAAACCAUGGCAUGAUUGUCUAGAUUUGCAAUCAUUUGUAGAAUUGGUCCAAUCGAGCAAUGGGAAUACAUGGCGAACCAAUCAUCCAGGUCUUCAAAGUCAAAAUCCAAAACGCACAAAAACCACGAAGAGAGGAACAAGGAAGAAUGUUUCUGUGAUCUCUGCUCAUUUUAUCCAGACUGGCAUCUCAAAUAUUCAAGAGGAAACCUUCAUAUUUGCUAACAUGGUUUUCUACUUUAUCAAUGCUCCUCAAUCCCUUUCAAUGGACCAUCUUCACAAGACUGUGGUUGAAAAUGGAGGAGCAUUCUCAAUGAAUCUUAAUGAUUCAGUUACUCAUUGCAUUGCCGCUGAAAAGAAAGGGUUUAGAUAUCAGGCAGCAGUUCACCAUGGAGAUGUCAUUCACUAUUCUUGGGUCUUGGAUUGUUGCAAGCAAAAGCGCCUUCUACAUCUGCAACCAAAGUACUUCCUGCAUUUUUCUGGUUCUUCGAGGGGAAAGCUCGUUGGCGAGAUUGAUGCCUUUUCAGACUGUUAUUACAUCGAUAUAGAUGUCACAGACAUUAAGCAAAUAUUCAACAACAUGGUUGGCACAGAGGAAUCAAACAAGGUAGAACAUUACAAAAGCAAAUACUGUCCACUGCAAAGUCUGUGCUUCUUUCGAGGUUGUUGCAUUUACGUCGUUGAAUGGAUGCCUAGCGUAGAUUUAGACUGCAAGGCAACUUCAGAGCUAGUGUUGAGGAGGUUGAAACUUGAAAUAACCAUGUAUGCUGGAGAAGUUUGUGAUAGUCUUAUACGUGCUACUCAUUUGAUAGUCUAUUCACAGAACGAGAGGUAUAACUUUGACGACUUGUACAACAGCUUUCCUCUUAGCCAGAGACGCUUUUUACAUCAGAAUAAGUUACACAUAGUGAGGCACCGAUGGCUGGAAGAUUCCAUGAAGGAAAGCAAGAAGCUGAAUGAAGAUGCCUAUAGUUUGAAACCAGAAUCCCUAGAAAGUAUAGAAAUUGAUGAGAGUGAGAACGGCGUUCAACUCCCUGCUUCUACGAGUACUACCAAGAACUACAAUGCCACAAAUCUAGUCGGUAGAACUGAAGCCCGGAAAAGAGCAAGGGCUCCACAUAGAACCACAGGAAAAGCAAAACCAAGACAGACUAAACGACAACGAACCAGAGUCGGACGCCGGGCUGCUAAAAUAGACAAGGAUGAAUCCCUUAGCAGUGACUCUGAAGAAAGUAAUCAAGAAGCCACAGAGUUGAAUGAGACCAAACAUACAGGAAUUGAAAGAACUAAAGCAUGUGACCCUUUAGGUCAGGUUGGAUUGCCCGACAAGUAUCCACUUGAAUUGAUUAAUAAGCAAGAUAGUGUGGAAAACAAACCCGAAUUGGAUGUUAAUUCGGGACAACAUGAGAAGUUAGAACAAAUGGCAGAUCCUCUGCAUGCCAUAUUGCUAGACAUGAUUCCGAGUCUUAGCCAGAGGAAAGUUGAAGGUGAGAGUUCAGCCGUAGAAGGUAAGAUACCUCAGAUAGAUAAUGAUGCAAAUCCAGUGAAGAAGAAGAAACUAAGUUAUAAGGAAGUUGCUGGCCAUCUUCUCAAAGAUUGGUGACAUUCUGUAAUCUGUGUUUAUUGGUGACAUUCUGUAAUCUGUGCAUAAACAUCGGCUUAUCGUAUCAUAAAAUUUGAAGCCGAGAAAGAAAGGAUUCUAAACAUGUUGCUACUUGGAAAGAAAUUUCUAAAGGUAUGUUGUUUUGAGUUCAUAUGAUGAUUGAUUC